UUGGCAACGCUGUAUUUAUGUCCCCCCCUGCUGUCCUGCCGACAGCGUUCGAUUCGACAGCACAGCGCACCGCAGCAGGAGAGUCGACGACAGAGACCCACAUUCGCUGGUGCUGGUGUUGUGACGUUUGCGAGCACUCAGCGCUGCGCCCCUGCUGCCUGCAACGAUGGAGAAAAUGGACCCGAACACACUGCUCGCCUCGACGCUGCAGCUCGACAAGGUGUGCAGGACGUGCCUAACGGAGCGCGGCGACAUGAAGCCGCUGUUCGGCGCCUGCCUCGACGAAAUGCUCGGCGCGAUCGCUCAGAUCGAGAUUAAAGAAAACGAUGGCCUACCAUCGCAAAUGUGUAUGCAAUGCAUGCGACUAUGCAAUCGCGCGUACACAUUCAAAAAGCAAUGCGAGAAAUCCGACUCGAUUCUGCGGAAUUACAUUGCUCUGAAAGCAGAGGACACGCUUUGCGACGCGCAGGAAAUGAUCUCAGUCGAUAACGCAUUGCAGGAGUUCUCGAAUGCUGUUACCAAUGUCGUCAUCGAGGAACUACCCUCGGAUUUAAUACCGUAUGAAAGCAAUGGGAUCAAAUACUACACCACAGCUGACAAUGUCAUUGUCGAACCAUUAAAGUCAGAUUCAGAUGCUUAUGAAGUAUACAUUCAAAAUGGUGACGAUGAGGAGAAGAAAGACAUUGAAAUGAUGUAUGGAUGUCCAAAGUGCAGUGAAACAUUCAAGCUGAAAGUUGAUUUGGAGGUGCACAUGAUGUCACAUCCAAAAGAUAUGGUCCAACAUGUCUGCGGCAUGUGUUAUCAAUCCUUUUCAAAUGCACAUAGCUUACAGGAGCAUGCAAAGACACAUGUGGCGAAAAAAGCACAUCAAUGCGAUAAAUGUGAGAUGUCAUUCAAUAAAAGCUGGAGUCUCACUAGGCAUAUGUACAAACACUCACAAGUAAGACCAUUCUUUUGUCCAGUGUGUAAAAGAGCGUUUAAAUGCGCUGCUUAUGUUGAAAAACACAUGAAACAGAACAAGGAGUGUAAAAGAUCUUUAGCCGAACGCAAAACUGUGAAAAAGACGCCGAAAGUUGUGAGUUUUCAUCAAUGCGACCAAUGUGACAUGGCUUUUGCUAAGAUUUGGAACUUAAACCGGCAUAAAAUGUUACAUAAACAGGAUAAAACACAACCAUUUAUGUGUACUGUCUGUGACCGGACUUUUGAAUCUUCUGCAGCACUUUCCGGACACAUGCGAUGUCACCCAGAUAGAAAAAUGCAUGAAUGUGUGUUUUGUAAUAAGCAAUACGUGCAGAAACGCAGUCUGAAGGUGCAUAUUCGGUCACAUACCGGCGAAAGUCCACCGAUUUUCGCCGGUGAGAAAAACCACGUUUGUGAGACUUGCGGAAAAGCAUUCGCUGGGUCAAAUUCACUCGCAUUACACAAACGGGUUCAUGCGAAAGCGAAAGAGGUCUGGGAGUGUGAAAUAUGCAAGAAAAAGUUCAAUCAACAAGCGAAUUUUGAUGUGCAUAUGAAAUCGCAUAGCGAAAGUAAACCGCACGUGUGCAAAGUGUGCAAUAAAGCAUUUUCAUCAUCCAGUCAUCUUUCGGGACACAUGUGGACGCAUGAGAAACGCGUCGAGUGUGAUGUUUGCUUCAAACAAUUUACGACAGCGAAAAGUCUUAGUAUACACAAACGCAUUCAUGCCACCACUGAAAUGGCGCCGGUGGAAGCAGAAACGACGAUUAUAUGUCAAACAUGCGAUGUAGAUUCACCUAUAUUCCAUAGUGAAGAGGAAAUGCAUGAGCAUAUGCUCAAUAUUCAUCAGUUAAAGGUGGAACCAGUGGAAGACGGUGACGGGAAGUUGUUUAAGUUGCUGAUGCUGCAGAAUCGUAAUCCCCACCAUUUGCGGUACACAAUCGACCAGUGGAAGCAUCGCGUCUCCGCCAUUUGCAAUGUGCUGCUGUCCGUCUAUUCUGUUUACAUUACUUUCGGCGAUUCAAACAAGUUGACUAAAGUUUUCAAACUUUUCACAACUAUGGAAACACUCAAAGGCGAACAGGUCCAUCCCUUCGACAUUAGCAAGAUCUGCAGGGCAUGCCUCACCGAGAAAGACGAGAUGCGAUCGGUUUUCGCCGGCGGCGACGAUACACUCGCACAGGGAAUGCGUUUGGCUGAAAUUCUCAUGGAAUUUUCACAAAUUCAAAUUGAAAGUGGAGAUGGACUACCUACACUGCUCUGUCUUCAAUGUGCACAUCAAGCAAGUCAAUGUUUCUCCUUCAGACAACUCUGUGAACAAUCAGAUACAAACCUACGACAAUAUUUAGGCAAACCACCGUCAAAACCAAAGAAUCUCGACGCUGAAGCUCUAACAAUCUACAAUAAUCAACUUUUAAACCUCGAAGAAUCCUCACAUUCAGAAGAUUCAGAUGACGAAGACUAUAAAUCUGAAGAAACAAUGGAUGUUUUAACAGAUCCACAACAAAUCAAACUUGUUGCACAGAAACAAAUGUUUAAACUGAGCACGAAACUCCAAAAAGAAAAGAAUAUUCGGAAAAAAGUCAAAAACAAAACGAAAAAAUCAAUCACAAAGAACAAAUGCAACGUUUGCAAGAAAACCUUUAUGAAUCCGAAAGCUUUCUUGAAGCAUUUACGUACACAUAUUGAAGACAGACCUUUUGCAUGCAAACUAUGCCCGCGGAGCUUCACAGAAGAGAAUUAUUUAAACAAUCACAUGCGUACGCAUAUGCCUGAAGGUGAAAAACCACACGAGUGUGAAUAUUGUAAAGCGCGCUUUAUUCAUGUAACUCUACUAAAAAAACACAUGUUGAAACAUUCCGGUGAAAAGCCCUACGUUUGUAAGAUAUGCAACAAAGGAUGCUAUGCAGAAAAUAGUUUAUUGAAACACAUGAAGAUACACGAACGAAAACAAGGCGAUCCUGCAUUAUUAAAACACAUGUGUGAUUAUUGCAAGAGUGAAUUUGCAAAUGCGCAGUUAUUAGCGGAUCAUAUAAAGCAACAUUCGGGUGAUCGGCCAUUUUUAUGCACGAUAUGCGGAAAGUGUUUCCCGCAGAGAUUUAACCUCGAAUUACAUUUAAGGACACAUACAGGCGAAAGACCCUUUGAAUGUGAGAUAUGUAAAAAUGGUUAUGUGUCAAAAGCUAGUUUGAAGAUACACAUGCGCACGCAUACCAACGAGCGGCCAUUUGUAUGCGAUUUUUGUGGUAAAGCAUUCAGACAAUCAGGGGAUUUGACAAGUCAUAAGAGAUUACACGGCACGGAGAAACCAAUUGAAUGUUCUGUUUGUAAAAAAAGGUUUACAACUGUGAUGAAACUAAAAUAUCACAUGCGCAAUCAUACAGGAGAACGCCCCUACGUUUGUAAUGUCUGCGGACGUGGUUUCACUGUGAAUACCAUACUCCUGCGGCACAUGCGCGUUCACUCCGGCGAACGCCCAUACGUAUGCGUCACAUGCGGCAAAGCUUUCUCGCAAUCCAGCACGUUGAACACUCACAUGAAAGUCCACGCCUCUCCAACACAGAAAUAUCAAGUCCCGCCUUUGAUUAUCCAAGCAUCCACGCAACCACAACAACAGCAUGCUGUAGCACAAGUUGCCCAACAACAAUUACUCCUGGAUAAUGAUCAUCAUGAUCAUGAACAUUUACUUGGCGAAUUCAAGAUGGCCGACGACGCAGCGAAAUUCAUCGGUGAUGAUGCGAUGAUCAGCGACGCGAAAUUCUUGAAUAAUUAUGAUCCGUAUCAUCGCGGACAUCUUUAGCGAAAAUAUUCAUAAAUUUUUAAGUUAUGAUAAUGUACUACUUAAAAACUUUCUUUUCACGCGCGCAUGUAAAUGAUGUAAAUACGCA